AUGAUUUGCCGGAGAAUUUAUCAGAAGAAGCUAUGGAAAUAUCCCGACCAGUGGUGGUCGUGCCGCCGUUUACUGUCCUUCUCACCUGCUCCGGCCUCCGGUACCUCCCCAACAACCUUUCUCCAACUGGGUUCCACUUGUCAUGCUCAUGCUGCUCCUCCCAGAUUCCCUUCCUCCACGAUGUCGUAUCUACUCAACCAAAAGCUCAAUCAUCUCAGCUGUCAAUUUGGUGUGACUAGCUAUUGCUUUUCAACUCAAGCUCUCGCUGAUUCUCCAGUUAAUGGGAUGGUUGAUAUCCCCUUGGCACAAACUGGAGAAGGCAUUGCUGAAUGUGAGCUUCUCAAAUGGUUUGUUCAAGAGGGGGAUCAAGUUGAAGAAUUUCAACCACUUUGCGAAGUACAGAGUGACAAAGCCACCAUUGAAAUAACCAGUCGCUACAAGGGAAAAGUUUCUGAAAUUCUCCAUGUUCCUGGCAAUAUUGUAAAGGUUGGAGAUACUCUCCUGAAAUUAUUUGUAGAUGAAAUUUCUGAGCCUACUGAGACUUCAGAUUCUUCAGAUGGUGUGGAAGAGCCAGAUUCUAAUGUUCUCUAUGCAGAUUUCCCCAAUCCAAUACAGAAGGGAGGUGGUAAUAAAGUUCUCUCGACACCUGCUGUUCGCAAUCUUGCAAAACAGUAUGGUAUUGAUAUAGGUGAUGUCCUUGGAACCGGUAAAGAUGGAAGAGUUUUACGAGAAGAUGUCAUUAAUUAUGCUGCAAAGAAGGGAAUUAUAAGGGUCAGUCCAACUGUUUCAAGUGAUAAUUCAGAAGAACGAUCACCUAUUGGAGAAAACAAAGAAGUUUUCGAAGAUAAGAAAAUUACACUGAGGGGAUAUCAGCGUGCUAUGGUCAAGUCAAUGACAUUAGCUGCCAAAAUCCCACAUUUCCAUUAUGUGGAGGAAAUUAACUGUGAUGCUCUAGUAAAGCUCAAAUCAUCAUUCCAAAAUGAAAAUGCUGAUCCAGAUAUCAAGUUUACAUUCCUGCCAAUUUUGAUAAAGGCACUGUCAAUGGCAAUGAGUAAAUAUCCAUGGCUGAAUAGUCGCUUUAAUGAAGAACUUAAUGAGGUUAUACUCAAAGGAUCUCAUAACAUUGGGAUUGCGAUGGCUACUCCACAUGGUUUGGUGGUUCCAAAUAUAAAGAAUGUCCAAUCUCUAUCAAUCUUGGAGAUAACUAAAGAACUAUCACGGCUUCAACAACUGGCUUUAGCUAAUAAGCUCAAUCCUGAUGAUAUAUCUGGUGGAACUAUAACCUUGAGUAACAUUGGAGCAAUCGGCGGAAAGUUUGGUUCCCCACUGGUGAAUGUUUCUGAGGUUUGCAUCAUUGCACUAGGCCGCAUUCAGAAAGUGCCUCACUUCAAUGAUGACGGGACUGUAAAACCUUCGUCUGUGCUAACUGUAAAUAUUGGUGCUGAUCAUAGAGUACUAGAUGGAGCUACGGUGGCAAAAUUCUGCAAUGAAUGGAAGCUUUAUAUUGAAAAACCAGAACUAUUGAUGUUGCACUUGAUAUAA